AAGAGUCCCAGGUCCUUUCAGGAGUCAAACUAAGGAUUUGAAUGAGGAUUGAGAAGACCACUCAUCCCAGAAUAGAGGUCCCACAAAGCCCCAAUUCUGCUGUCAGUCGUGGGUGGCCCUGGGCAUGGAUGUCUGGAUAAAGUGCCCCCUCACCCCCUCCUCAGUGAUCACAGGAAUGUGAGUCUGACAUUAGGUGAGCAGAGGGAAUAAGUCUCACACAGUGUCAGGAACCAUGAUGCAGGCCCUGAAUGACGACCAGAAGUAGAACUGAAGGCUCCAUCCACCCAGAAGAGAGGUUGCUCAACAGAGCCUAACCCCACCUGCCUACAGUCAGAUGCGGGAAUUCUCUGGCUGGGUUAGCUGGCUGCAACCUGUGGAGCAUUCUCACUUCCUCUUUCAGGUUCUUAGGGGACACAGCACUCAGGAGGACAGGGGAUUGAUGAGGUUCUAGAGCACUGUUGUCAGGGGAAGACCAUUGUAGGUGGCUUUCAUCAGAACCGUCACUGUUUAAUUUACCAACUUAAGCCACUCACAUUCUCCUCCUCUCCCUUAGGCUCUGGCCUCCGUUAAUUAAUACCCACACUCCUGCCUGCUGUUAUCCACGAGAGUCAUCAUGCCUCGGAAACAGGAGAAACCAUGCUGCACACGUAAGCAAUGCCCUCACACUUAUAGUGAAACCCAAGAUCUGGAUAUUGCACAGGUCUUAGAGUCUAUGAAGGAGACCUGUCUCCCUUCCUCCCAUCCUGUAAUGCUUGGUAACCCGCAGGCGGCUUCUGCUGCUGGAGUAGUGAAUACUCCCCAGGGUCCUCAAAGUGAGCAUACCCUCUGCAGUAUUAUCUCAGCAAUCUCAUUGAGCAAAUCUGAUGAAAGCUCCAGUAGCCAAGAAGAGGAGGAUAGUUCAAGCUCCUCACAGUCUCCAUCAGACACCGAGAAUGUGCCCAGAGAUCCUCUAGAUGAGAAAGCAGCUUUGUUGGUGAAUUUCCUGCUGCUCAAGUAUCAAAUGAAAGAGCCAAUUACAAAGGCAGACAUGCUGAAUGCUGUCAUCGGAGAGUAUGAAGAUCACUUCCCUGAGAUCAUCCUGAAAGCCUCUGAACGCAUGGAGAUGAUCUUUGGCCUUGAUCUGAAGGAAGUGGAUCCCAUCAGCCACAAGUAUGCCCUUCUCAUCAAAUUGGGUCUCACCUACGAUGGGAUGCUAAGUGGUGAAGACGGCAUGCCGAAGACCGGCAUCCUGAUACUUAUCUUGGGUGUGAUCUUCAUGAAGGGCAACCGUGCCACUGAAGAGGAAGUCUGGGAAGUCCUGAAUGUGACGGGGAUAUAUUCUGGGCAGAAGCAUUUCAUCUUUGGGAAUCCCACGAAGCUCAUCACCAAAGAGUUGGUGCAGGAGAAAUACCUCAAGUACCAGCAGGUGCCCAACAGUGAUCCCGCACAAUAUGAAUUCCUGUGGGGUCCAAGAGCCUAUGCUGAAACCACCAAGAUGAAAGUCCUAGAGUUUGUGGCCAAGGUCCAUGGGACUGACCCAAGUUCUUUCCCAUCCCAGUACGAGGAGGCUUUGAAAGAUGAGGAAGAAAAAGCCCAAGCCGAAGCUGCAGCCAGCCCUGGUGCUACUGCCAUGGCCAGCACCUAUUCCAACCCCUAGUGAAGACUGGAGUAGAUUUUUCACAGAGUGUUUGAAGAGGGCCGUUAACAUUCUAAAUAUUGAGGGGACACAGUGUCUGUUAUCUUUGUGUGCCCUGUUCUAUAUCGGUAGCUUGACAGUUUAUCUUUUAUUUGGGGAGAGGGGUGUAUUACUUAAAUGUUACUUAAUAAAAGCCAAAACCCGUUGCCGUCGAAUCUAUUCCAAGAGGUUUAAUUGUCUUCAAAAUAUAUAAGUUUAUGAAAGAGAUUGGUUACACAUUUAUUGCUGUUUAUGAGAUUUAAGAGUAAAAUCUUUGCUAUUUUGUAAGAACAAACUGGGAAAGCAUCCAUCGUAUUUGUGAUCCAGAAUAAGAUAAUGUGGUAUUGUGAUUGUCAUUUCUUUGUAAAUGUGAAAGAACUCAGCUUUAAAAUAGUUAGGAUCAAGAAUUAGAGAAAAAAGUAAAAGAUCGUCAAAUCUUGGCUUUUCUUGUACCUUUUAGUGUGUUGUUCUGCAAAAUUAAAUGAUACUGACAUGUGUGCUUAGCUUAUUCAAGAAUGCGUGAUAAAUAACUGUUAAUAAAUAACUGUUAAUAAAUAACUGUUAAUAAAAAUCCCUGCUCACUCUCUCUUUUAUUCCGCAAACCUUAAAUGAGCAUAUAUUCAUUGGAAAGCACUAUGUUAGUUCUAGGGGUGUUACAAUA